UACUCUUCAGCACAGUGUGGAGCAGACAGCAGCAGCGACACACACACACAUUGCUCUCAGUAAACUGCUCGUAGUUACACACACAUGCGGGGAAACAAGACAUCAGGGAAACAAGACAUCAGGGAAAUAAGACAUCUGGGAAGCACUGAGUAGAGAGAGAGAGAGAGAGAGAGAGAGAGAGAGAGAGAGAGAGAGAGAACAGAGGGGAAGAGGAGCUGCUGAGCUGACGGGAUUGUCAUCUUUCUCUGUGUGGAUAUCUCUGGAUCUCUGGGUUUCCUUUUCCACACCUUGACCGGAGUUUCUAGUGGAUUCCUUCUCUGCUCAUGUUAUUUCACUGGAGGUGACCCGGCAGACAGGGUCUCAGUUUCUGCUCCAGACCACCCUCCUAUCUGUCCCUCUCGUUCUCUCUCCGGCCCAGCUACGACGUCCGUCUGUAUCGCCGCUGUGUCUCUGUCUGGAGCCUAGUGUCUGGCCAGGAUAACAGCAAGACACUGUACACGCAUCGUGAAAGAGAGAGAGACAGAGGAGAGAACAAAAGUGAAGUCAGGACAAGAGAGAGAAAGCGAAAGAGAGAGAGCUUUUUAGAGUAGUUCAAGCUACAAACACCCCCUUCCCUCCUCCUACCCUCCUCCUCCCUCCUCCUCUCACUCCCUUCUUUAUUUCUCUCCUAUUCCUCCUCUUCCUGGAUCACCUUCCUUCGCUCCUCCUCUUCCUGGAUCUCCUUCCUUCGCUCCUCUCCUCCUCUUCUCCCUCCUUCCCUUGCUCCUCUCCUCCUCUUCUCCCUCCUUCCCUCGCUCCUCUUCUCCCUCCUUCCCUUACUCCUCUCCUCCUCUUCUCCCUCCUUUCCUCGCUCCUCUCCUCCUCUUCUCCCUCCCUUGCUCCUCUCCUCCUCUUCUCCCUCCUUCCCUCGCUCCUCUCCUCUUCUUCUCUCAUCCUCCCAGCUAGGAGAGGGUGAAUCUGGGACUCCCACUGAGCAGACAGACAGAAGAACAGCUAGAGGUCCCAUCCAUCACUCUCUCUCUCGCUCACGUCUCUCUGUUUUGAGAAGAGGAUCUUGCCUCCGCCCCGACCCAGGGAUAGGAACCAGGGGUCCAGGCCAAGAGGCAGUCACUGUGUUACUGGAACCCAGCCAGAGAGACUCUGUCUCCUGCUACGGCCAGAAGGAUUCCUGCUACAUGGGUAAACGCUUGGAACAGCAACAGAUGUACCCCCAAUACAUCUACUAUUACCCCCACUACCUCCAGACUAAGCAGUCCUAUGCCCCUCCGCCUUCCACCAUGGUCCCUCCCAGUCCCAGCCCUAACAACGGUCACCACGGAGGAGGAGGAGGCUGUAGUAUGGAGCAGCUCAGUCAAACUAACCUGUACAUCAGAGGACUGCCCCCUGGGACCAGUGACCAGGACCUCAUCAAACUCUGUCAACCAUAUGGGAAAAUAGUGUCAACCAAGGCCAUACUGGACAAGAACACUAAUCAAUGCAAAGGAUAUGGCUUUGUGGACUUUGACAGCUCGACAGCAGCCCAGAAAGCUGUAGCCUCUCUAAAGGCCAGCGGAGUCCAGGCACAGAUGGCCAAGCAACAGGAACAGGACCCUACUAACCUGUACGUCUCCAACCUGCCUGUAUCCAUGGAUGAGCAGGAGCUGGAGAACCAGCUGACACCGUUCGGUCACGUCAUCUCCACACGGGUCCUACGGGACGCCAACGGGGCCAGCAGAGGAGUCGGCUUCGCCAGGAUGGAGUCAACAGAGAAGUGUGCUGUGGUGAUUCAACAUUUCAACGGGAAGUUUCUCCAGACUCCACCAGGCGUACCAGCUCCUGUAGAACCUCUACUCUGUAAGUUUGCAGAUGGAGGACAGAAGAAGAGGCUGAACCAGAACAAGUAUCCCCAGAAUGGACAACCAUGGACCAGAGAUGGAGAGAGUGGCAUGACGUUGACAUAUGACCCCACUGCAAUGCAUAAUGGGUUCUACUCCUCUCCAUACAUCUCCACCAAUAGGAUGAUAGCACAAACAUCCAUCACUCCCUUUGUCGCUGCCUCACCCGUCUCCACGUACCAGGUCCAGAAUACAUCCUGGAUGCCUCAUCAACAGUAUGUUAUGCACCCUACCGGUGCUGUGAUAACCCCAUCUAUGGACCUCUCCAUGCCCAUGCAGCCCUCCAGUAUGAUGGCUCCUAUAACACAGCAGAUUAACCACAUGUCCCUGGGAAACACAGGAACCGUAAGUCCCUCUGACUGUAAUCCUGCUGUGUCAUCUAUCACCCACCAGCAGUACAUGUCUGCAGCAGCUGCUCCUAUUCAAGGAUCCUACGUUCAUCAGUACACUGCAGUGCCAGCCUCCGCCCUCUCAGUGGACGCAGUGGUGACAGAAGACUCGCCCCGGACUGUACCUCCCUCCUCGCAGGUCCCUAAUGGACAGCCACCCCUGGACAACGACUCACCUGCCUACUCCUACCAACAGACUAAAUAACAGGAGGAUGAGGAGCGAUUGUUCCGGUAACUGCAUUGCCCUGAGACAGGGGCUCCACUGAAGCACUGGAGGGAUGGAGGGAGGAACACACGGAGGAAAAAGAGAGAUCGUUUUAUAUUUGCACAAGCAUAAAAAAAAACUUUGUUUUAUCUGUCCUGAGAUGGAGAGAAGAGAGAGAGAAGAGAGAGAGAGAGAGAGAGAGAGAGAGAGAGAGAGA